GAGGCCUCGUACAGGAGCAGCGCAUCCAUCGCCCAGGCGAGCGGCCAGCCGUGAAGCGAUGACGGCGAGGGUUCCAAUCAGACGCAGCACGUUUUUUCUUCUGACUGUAUCCGGAGCCUCCCAGAGUCAGCAACCAUGGCAUGCGCGACUACCGUGCGCCAGUGAACCAUGCCGUUGGGACAUGAGCGUCUCUGCAGUGCCGCCAUCCGUUGGUUGUACAUACAUACUGUAUGCAACAUUCCCUGGGCUGGUCAUCGCCCUGUUCGUCGCCCUGUUCGUCACCGGGCAGCGGGACAAUACUUGGAACUAACUACCUUGAACGUCGUCCUUGUCUCGGAAGCCGUUAGCCGCGUUGGGUGGGUGGCUAUCGGGGGUUGCGGGCUGGCAGUUGCAACACCAAAUCUACCGCAGCAUGGCGUACAUAGAUGCAUGCAUAGGUGGAUAGCACCGGUGACGCGGGCAUUUCCGGUCUGACACACAGCUUGAGUGGUACGUAGUUCAGCGUCGCUCGACGCCAGUUGCGUCGAGAAGGUGAUUGAAGCUUCAGCGUG